AUGAUUUUGCUUUUUAUCUUUCUUUACUCUUCCUUGUUCAUGGCUCUCUCAACAUCAUUGCCUUCUCUCUUACCUCUCUUUGCCUUCUGUCUUAGCUCGCUCUCUCCUUUGCCUUCUCUUUCACUCUCUCCUUUGCCUUCUGUCUUAGCUUUCCUCUCUCCUUUGCCUUCUGUCUUAGCUUUCACUCUCUCCUUUGCCUUCUGUCUUAGCUUUCACUCUCUCCUUUGCCUUCUCUCUCACUCUCCUUUGCCUUUUCUCUUACCUCUCACUCUCUUCUUUGCUGUUUGUCUUGUCUGUCUCUCUUCUUUGCUGUCUAUCGUUCCCUCUGCUCUUUUUAUUUUUUUUUCUUUCUUUCUUUCCUUCCUUCCUUUUAUUUUCAUUUCUUGCUUACCCUUUCAUUAUAACUUGCUUUACCUUUUUCUCCCUCACUUUUUCAUUCAUUCACCUCUCACUGAGUUUAAAUUUGCUAUCAUCUUAGAACUAACAGACAAUUCAUUGACACUGUUGCUUCCUCAUCUCUGA